UUCUCCCCGUCUCCCCCGUCCCGCGUCCUCCUCUUCCCCUUGCGGAGGGAACGCAUCCUCUCUGCAAGCCCGUGGGCAGUGACAGCGGCAACCGCGGGUGCACCCAGUGUCUGCGCCCAGAUUUUAUUGAUCUGAUCCAACAUAUCUUGCAACUGCUGGCUGGAAUUAAGAUUCUUCAGCUUCUUGUCUCUAACCGUGGAAGCAAUAAUUGGAAACUACUCACUCAGAAAAUUAAAAGAAAAUAGCCAGAAUACAUUUUCAACCCUUUGAGAAGACAAACUUUGCUGACUUACAACUUCCCUGAAUAGGAGAAAUCACAGGACUUUGAAGAAUGGCAGAUGAACGGAAAGAUGAAACGAAGGCGCCUCAAUGGACCUCAGCCCAACUAACAGAGGCAUCAACAUCGGCACACCCACAUCCACCAGAGAUUAAGGACCAAGGCAUGGCUGGGGAAGGACUUGUCCGAAGUGCCAAUGGAUUCCCAUACCAAGAGGAUGAGGAGGGGGCCUUUGGAGGAUCCAGGUCACAGGGUACCUAUUCAGAUACCAAAGAGAACGGGAUUAAUGGAGAGCUCACCUCAGCUGACAGAGAAACAGCAGAGGAGGUAUCUGCAAGGAUAGUUCAAGUAGUCACUGCUGAAGCUGUAGCAGUCCUGAAAGGUGAACAAGAGAAAGAAGCCCAGCACAAAGACCAGCCCACAGCUCUGCCAUUAGCAGCUGAAGAGACAGCUAAUCUGCCCCCUUCUCCGCCCCCGUCACCAGCCUCAGAACAGACCAUUGCAGUGGUGGAAGAAGAAGAAACGCUAGAGGGUGCGAUGGCUGAGGAAAAGAAACCUGCUGCUCUUCCUGGGGAAAAGUGUGGGGCUACUAAGUCCUCAGACCCACCCCAGGCCCUCAGUGGGGGCCAAGUGGAAUCUAGUGCAGUGGCCCAAAUAGUUCCGGAAGAGAGUGCCUGGACUGGGGACCUACAUGAGAAAGGUGUAAAAGAGGUCAAAGAGGUGUCUCCAGAAGUAAAAUCCCCUUCCUCUGCCAAGGAAGAUUUACUUACAGCCUCGAAGAUGGAGUUUCAUGACCAGCGGGAAUUGACUCCCUCAUCAGCUGAGCCUUUAGAUACGAAGGAAAAAGAGUCAGAGAUAGUAUGUAAGCCUGGUGAAGACCUUAAACAUGCUGCCUUAGUUCCUCAGCCAGAGACAACUAAAACCUCCCUUGAUAAAAAAGAAAUCCAAGGUGCAGAAGGAGAAAAGGCACCUCUGGCUCUCUUUGGGCAUGCUCUUGGUGACAGCCUGGAAGACGUGAAACAGAAGACACAAACAAGUAUAGUGAUACCUGGCAUUGGCCUCACAGCAGAGCCUCCAGCUCCCAAAGAGCAGAAAGACUGGUUCAUUGAAAUUCCCGUUGAAACAAAGAAGGAUGAGUGGGGUUUAGCAGCUCCAGUUUCCCCUGGCCCCCUGACACCUAUGAGGGAGAAAGACGUACUUGAGGAUAUCCCAAGAUGGGAAGGGAAGCAGUUUGAUUCUCCUAUGCCCAGUCCUUUCCAAGGUGGCUUCACUCUCCCUUUAGAUGUCAUGAAGAAUGAAAUAGCAACAGGAGCAUCACCCUUUGCCCCUGUCCUCUUACAACCAGAAGACAAAAAAUCUCUGCAGGAAACCACUGACUCAGCUACUGCCAAAGAUAGUGCUAAAGUAGAGGAGCCGCAGAAAGAUAAGACUGAGAAAGUAGCAGAAACUCUACCCACAGAGGCAAUUAUCUUACCCAAAGAUGCUUACGGUCUAGUUAUGGAGGGAUAUGUUGUGGAGAAGGGUUUAGGGGAAGAAAAGGAAGGUACAAAGGAGAAAAAAGAUACUUCCAUUCCCAGUGGACAGGAACCACAGCCCAAACCUGAAGAAGAAGUAAUCAUUCCUGAUAAAGAAUUGACACUGAAAGAGAAGGAGACCCUAAAACAGAGAGAUGAAGAAACAGGUGUGAUUCAGAGCUCCCUGGAGCUCUCUUUCUCAAAAGAAGGACAGAAAAGCCAAGCAUUGAGCACAGAUAUAUUUAAACAGGACUCCUUCCCAGCAAGUUUGGGCUCAGCAUUUACAGAUUCAGUCAUGGCCCCUAAGACCUUGGAAAAAGUCACAACUGAGCCAGCUACUUUGAGUGAAAAGAGUGCAGCCCAGGAGUUUUCUGAGGAGAAAGCUGCUGUCAGAGAUAAGGUGCAAGGAGUAGGGGCUGCAACAUCUGCUGAGGUUGGCAUGCCAUUUUAUGAAGAUAAGUCAGGAAUGUCCAAGUACUUUGAAACAUCUGCCUUGAAAGAAGAAUCCACAAAGAGCACUGAGCUAGGCAGUGAUUAUUACGAACUAAGUGAUGCAAGAGAAAGAGCCCAGGAGUCCAUUGAUACCAUAUCUCCCACCACUCAAAAUGAUGACAAGGGAUUUCAAGAGGGCAAAGAAUCGCAGCCCAGUGCUCCAGCCCAAGAAGCAGGGUACAGCACCCUCGCACAGAGUUAUCCCUCUGAGUUACCUGAAGAACCCAGUUCUCCUCAAGAGAGAAUGUUCACCAUUGAUCCAAAAGUAUAUGGGGAGAAAAGGGAUCUCCACAGUAAGAAUAAGGAUGAUCUGACACUCAGCAGAAGCUUGGGACUUGGCGGUAGGUCUGCCAUAGAACAGAGAAGCAUGUCAAUCAAUUUGCCCAUGUCCUGCCUGGAUUCCAUCGCCCUGGGAUUUAAUUUUGGCAGGGGCCAUGAUCUCUCUCCUUUGGCUUCUGAUAUUCUAACCAACACUAGUGGAAGCAUGGAUGAAGGAGACGAUUACCUCCCUGCUACCACACCUGCAGUGGAGAAAGCCCCUUGCUUCCCAAUAGAAAGCAAAGAGGAGGAGGAAAAGAUCGAGGAGGAGAAAGCUACUAGUGGUCAGGAAAAUACUCAGGUUGAGACAUCCAGUGAGUCACCGUUCCUAGCCAAAGAUUACUACAAAAAUGGGACUGUCAUGGCCCCUGAUCUACCUGAAAUGCUUGAUCUGGCAGGCACACGGUCCAGGCUAGCUUCGGUGAGUACAGAUGCUGAGGUUGCCAGGAGGAAAUCAGUCCCAUCAGAGACUUUAGUUGAGGAAAGUAGUCCUGGCUUGCCACCUGUAACCGAUGAAAACCAUGUCAUCGUGAAAACAGACAGUCAGCCUGAAGACCUUGGAUACUGUGUGUUCAAUAAAUACACCGUCCCCCUGCCAUCGCCAGUUCAAGACAGUGACAAUUUGUCAGGAGAGAGUGGUUCCUUUUAUGAGGGGUCUGAUGAUAAAGUUCGAAGGGAUUUGGCCACAGACCUCUCCUUGAUUGAAGUAAAACUUGCAGCUGCUGGAAGAGUCAAAGAUGAGUUCAGUGCUGAGAAAGAAGCAGCUCCAUAUACCUCUGCUGACAAAUCAGGAUUGGGUAAGGAGUUUGACCAGGACAGAAAAGCCAAUGACAAGCUGGAUACUGUCUUAGAAAAAAGUGAAGAACACACCAAGGAAACAGAAGAGGCUGGUGGCAAAGCAGAAAUACUUGGAUUGGGAAUGACCUAUGAACAAAUUUCCACCACCAAAGAACCAGCAGUCACUGAGAAAGUAGGAAAAGGUCUUGGUUCAGUGCCAGAGAUAGCUGAGGUAGAAAUAUCUAGAAAGGCUGAACAAGAACUGGAUUUGACUGCAAAGAAAGGUGACCAGGAUCAGUUAGAGGUGAAAAUCAGUGACUUUGGACAGAUGGCUACGGAGCUGAGUGUAGAGGUUGGGAAGGGCUUAGAGCUUCAACUUGAAGCUGGGCAGGAGCUGACCCCCUCAUCCAAAGUACUUCAAGCAACAGAUGUGUUCAUGGGUGUUGAGCCCAGCCAUGGGAAAGAAGGUGCCAAGGUGAGUGAGACAGAAGUCAAGGAGAAAGUAGCCAAGCCUGACUUAGUGCACCAGGAGGCUGUGGACAAAGAGGAAUCCUAUGAAUCUAGUGGUGAACAUGAAAGCCUUACCAUGGAGUCCUUGAAACCUGAUGAUGGAAAGAAGGAAACAUCUCCAGAAUCAUCUCUGAUUCAGGAUGAAGUUGCCAUUAAGUUGUCGGUGGAAAUCCCUUGCCCGCCUGCUGUUUCAGAGGCUGAUUUAGCUGCAGAUGGCCAAGCCGAAGUCCAGAUGGAGUUUAUUCAGUUGUCACAGGAAGAAAGCAAGGAGACCCCCGAUAUAUCUGUCACACCCUCCGAUGGGACCCAGACACAGGUUGAAGAAGCCAUCGUGUGUGAACCCGUAGAGGCUCCAAGUGAGGAGGAUGAGAUCGAGGCCCGGGGAGAAUACGAUAAACUCCUCUUCCGCUCAGACACCCUUCAGAUAACUGACCUGGGUAUCCCAAGUAGCCGGGAAGAGAUGGUGGAGACCUGCCCAGGCGAACACAAAGGAGUGAUCGAGUCUGUGGUGACCAUCGAGGACGAUUUCAUCACAGUAGUGCAAACCACCACUGAUGAGGGUGAGUCGGGGUCCCACAGUGUGCGCUUUGCAGCCUUAGAGCAGCCCGAGGUGGGAAGGAGGCCAUCCCCUCACGAGGAGGAAGAGUUCGAAGUCGAAAUGGCAGCCGAAGCCCAGGCAGAACCCAGAGAUGGCUCUCCAGAGGCUCCAGCUUCCCCGGAGAGAGAAGAGGUCGUCGCCUACUCCGAAUACAAGACGGAAACCUACGACGAUUACAAAGACGAGACCACCAUCGACGACUCCAUCCUGGAUGCGGACAGCCUGUGGGUGGAUACUCAAGAUGAUGACAGAAGCAUCAUGACAGAGCAGUUAGACACUAUUCCUAAAGAGGAGAAAGCUGACAAGGAAGUUCGGAGACCAUCUCUCGAGAAACAUAGAAAAGAAAAGCCUUUUAAAACCGGGAGAGGCAGAAUUUCCACUCCUGAAAGAAAAAUAGCUAAAAAGGAGCCUAGCACAGUCUCCAGAGAUGAAGUGAGAAGGAAAAAAGCAGUUUAUAAGAAGGCUGAACUUGCUAAAAAAACAGAAGUUCAGGCCCACUCUCCCUCCAGGAAAUUCAUUUUAAAACCUGCUAUCAAAUAUACUAGACCAACUCAUCUCUCCUGUGUUAAGCGGAAAACCACAGCAGCAGGUGGUGAACCAACUCAGACUCCCAGUGCAUUUAAACACGCAAAGGACAAAGUCUCUGAUGGUGUCAGCAAGAGUCCAGAAAAACGCUCUUCUCUCCCACGGCCUUCCUCCAUCCUCCCUCCUCGCCGGGGAGUGUCAGGAGACAGAGAGGAGUACUCCUUCUCUCUCAACAGCUCCAUCUCCUCUUCAGCUCGGCGGACCACCAGGUCAGAGCCAAUUCGCAGAGCAGGAAAAAGUGGCACCUCAACCCCCACCACCCCUGGAUCCACUGCCAUCACUCCUGGCACCCCACCAAGUUAUUCUUCACGUACUCCAGGCACUCCUGGAACCCCCAGCUACCCCAGGACACCUGGAACUCCCAAGUCGGCCAUCUUGGUGCCAGGUGAGAAGAAAGUGGCCAUCAUUCGCACGCCUCCAAAGUCUCCUGCUACGCCCAAGCAGCUUCGGCUCAUUAAUCAACCACUGCCAGACUUGAAGAAUGUCAAAUCCAAAAUCGGAUCGACAGACAACAUCAAAUACCAGCCUAAAGGGGGACAGGUUAGGAUUUUAAACAAGAAGAUCGAUUUUAGCAAAGUUCAGUCAAGAUGUGGUUCCAAGGAUAACAUCAAACAUUCUGCCGGGGGCGGAAAUGUACAAAUUGUUACCAAGAAGAUAGACUUAAGCCAUGUGACAUCCAAAUGUGGUUCUCUGAAGAAUAUCCGUCACAGGCCAGGUGGUGGACGUGUGAAAAUUGAGAGUGUGAAACUGGACUUCAAAGAAAAGGCCCAAGCUAAAGUCGGUUCACUUGACAAUGCUCAUCAUGUACCUGGCGGAGGUAACGUCAAGAUUGACAGCCAGAAGUUGAACUUCAGAGAGCAUGCAAAGGCCCGUGUGGAUCAUGGGGCUGAAAUCAUCACACAGUCCCCAGGGAGGUCCAGUGUGGCAUCGCCCCGACGACUCAGCAACGUCUCUUCUUCUGGGAGCAUCAACCUGCUUGAAUCUCCUCAGCUCGCCACUUUGGCUGAGGACGUCACUGCUGCACUGGCUAAGCAGGGCUUAUGAAUACUUCUCAUUUAGCACUGGAGUAACAGUAUUUAGGCAUGAGCUCUUGGCAGGAGUGGGCUCUGAGCAGGUAUUAUAUUCAUUCUUUACAAAGCAUAAGAUAAAUAAUCUCACCCCCCCAACUGUAGUAAUUGUUACAAUUUUAUAUUUUAAAAAAAUGAAUCGUAUAUGCAGAAAUUGACCUGAUUUCCAUUUGCAGCGAGAACACACUGGCUUUCCAUGGAUACAAUUGGACAAUUAUUUUAGCUCUGCUCUGUUUUGCAUGGAGUAUUAUUAUUUUUUUAAUUGCAUUUUUACCUUUCAUGUGCCUGAAGGCUAUCCACUACAUUCUGAAAGGCCUUGUUAAAAUUCAAGCUGCUCAUUUCAUAAUUCUGUUUCUGGGUGAAACGAUGAAAACUGCCCAUUGUAACUUAUUACAGUUUCAAUUAAAUCACACAGUCUGAUUGCAGGAAGGGAAGAGCAUGUAAGAAAUACGUUUUUUUAAAGUGUUAUUUUGUAUAAAUGGGAAGAAAGAUACAACUAAGUUAUUAACAUUUGGGACCUGGAUAAUUGUAUCAGAGUAUGUCAAUCCAAUAAAUUAUUUAACUAACUAAAGGAAAAUAGUUACAAUUUGAGCUGUGGUUGAGGAAGUGUGUAAGUGCAUCUGUUAGGAGUGAUGUACUUUCCUUAGGAUGGACUUAUGUCUGAUUAGAAUGUCAGUUGAUUGGCUAGAUUUGUGUCCAUACCCCUUUUCCAUUUGUUUGAUACAGUAUUAUAGAUAUAAAUAUAUAUAUAUUUCUCUGUGGCCAUUUGUGAUACUUCCUCAUAUACUUGAAUAUUACACUUCUUUAUUCACAGUAUCUGUGUCUCUUGCACCCUUUGGUGUUGCAAUUUUAGGUAUGUGAAAGUAGAUGUUAGCAGGGUUCUCUCUCUAUUUAAAAAAUAUGUUAAAAAAAGACAAAAAUGUUUUAGCAUGAAGUUACUUUCUGUAACAGCUCAGCGCUAUAACUGUUUUAGUGCCAGAUACAAGUCUCUCCCGUGAUACUAGAAAAAUACUAUUUUUUUCUUUGCUUUCACCAAUAUGGAAGUUUGUGGGGCCAGUCCAGUUAUACAUAAAAGGGUUUACAGAUUGUUGGUUUAAGAUCAUGGAUUUAUCUCAUUUGUCAUCACACAAUAGUUUGGGUUUUAUUCCGAAGUAAAUCUUAAGGUUUAUUAUUGUCUUUCUAGGUUUUCUUUUUCAUUUGCUAAAGUUGAAACUAAGAGUGGUAAUUUGAGAUGCUUUUUCUAAUUCUUCUAAAAAGUAUCUUUAUUAAGUUCUCUAAUAGGCGAUUCUCCUCUUUAACCCAAGUAAAGCUCCACUGAGUAGAAGGGAGGGAGGGGAUAGAGGGACAUCUAGAGAAACUAUUGCUCUAAAGCAUUUGAGACACAGAUAUCUAAACCAGGUUUUCCCAGUAAUCCAACACUACAUUCUAUAAAGGAACAUUGUUUUGAUUUUGUGUUACUCAUUAGUUAUGACAUACAUACAGUCUGGAAAUCACAAACUGAUCAAUUAAUUCCACCUACAGACCUUUCCCCUUAUAGUUAUGAAUAAGUAAUGACAUAGCCAAUGGCCUGAAUAAGGCAGAGUUAACCAAACUAAAUGGACACUUUUUAGUACCUCAUCUGCUCUUUUUCUUGCUCAGGGAUUGUAGGCUGGACAUAGUUAAAGACAGAGUUCUGCUAGGUCUCUGAUAUCUGUAAGCCCAAUUAACUCCUGAUAAACAAUGAGAUGAUGAAUAUGAGCUGAACAGCAAGGAAAGACAGGAGUAUCUAAGACAAAAAGCCAAGGAAUGGAAAGAUAGAGACACAGGUGCCAUUUUGAUGACUAGCUAUUACCACCAAUAAGAUUGCUACAAAGUAAAUACUAAGAACAAACCAUACUAUUAUUUCUCUGCUAGAUUUACACAAGCACAUGAGUCUUACACCAUGUAAUCAAUUAUUUCUGGAAAAAAAAAAGAACUUAAAAACUGCUGAAUAGGAUUGUGGAUGCAUCUGUUUCCUACCUAGUAAUUGCUAUGAGAUUACUUUGGUUUGGCAAUUUAUCCAUCACUUUCUCUUGAAGUGUACUAGGAAGCAGAAGAAUAAGGAAUGUUGUGUGGAAUGGUGGGUAUUCUCAUAGGUUUUGACAGUCUUAGUAGUUUACAUUCUUUUGGAGGAACAGAAGAAAUGAAUAGCUGGUUAGAACCAAUUUAAUCUGUGGAAGCUUUUGUCAAGAGGAAGUAAACACAUUUUACAUAUUAAAUUUCAAUUUCUUGUUACAAACACCACAUGCACCCAAGAAAAGUUAUGUAAAGCACUAAGCUAACAGUACUAAGCUAACGAGCAUUCGUUUCUACUAACAACAAAACUAUAACAAAUCCAUGCCCUUGUUUUAUAUGAGAACACAGUUGUUUAUAAGUUAGCAAAAAAGAGAGGAACACACAGCUACAAAUGUCUUCUUAUGGGGCUCUGGGAUGCUGCCCAUUCUGGCCUUCUCUUAAGGUAACGACUCAAAUUAAGCUUCUUGCACACCACUUUUGUGGGGACACACACGCUGAUCCAGAUGUGGAAUUUUCAUAGUUCCACUUCUAGAUCUACUAAUGCCAGUUUCUCUCUGGCUUUGGCCUUUGAGAACCUGUUUAAGAAUACGUAAAUAAUCCAGAGCUGGGAAGAGUUAAAAGGCCAACUUCCCCAGUGAACUCAGUCUCUCUGGGUCCCCUGUAACUGGAAAUUGGAUACCUUAAAACAAUGCAGGGUAGAUCCGAGUUCCUGAUGAGUUUCAAAGGCCAUGUUCAUUUAGGAACUAACUUUCUCUGGAUUUACCUGCUGAAUUCCAGCAGGUACUGGGCUGAAGUACCACCCAUAAGAAAGAUAGAUGUCUGUGUGGCAUCAGCUAGCUGUGACACAGGAGUUCCAGUCAGUAGAAGAAUCUAGUGAUCCUAGUUGACCUUCACACACACUCAUAAGUAGCACAGCAAAAUUUGGAUCACCCACCAAAAUGGAACAUUCAUGUCAAUAUUGUUAAAGAAAAUAAAUUAAACAGAGGUGAUUGUUGACAGAACUGCAGUGAUGCUUUUUCUAUUCAUGUUCAUGUCACAGGAAGGAAAGUAAAUUAUUCCUGGUAGAAAUAGCAAAGAGAGAGAUUCACGGAUUGGGAAGGCAAAUUCCAGGUAUUCCUUCAAAGAUGGAUGUGCAGAAAGAACAACACUGAUUUUGUUUUUGUUUUUUUACACCUGGAAUUUUUAGCCCAGGUUCAGAUCAAGUCCCUCUGCAAGAAAAAGAUUAUUUUCUAACUCAAAAAGUGUCCAUCAUAAAAGUCCACUUCAACUUUAGCAACAAGAAAAGAAAAAUCAACAAAAAAGUAUACUCUGUAUGCUGGGAUUCCAAGGUUCCAAUACACCACUACAAAUCUGUGGGAAGGGGGGUUCUUUCUUCUGAUAAUUCUAGAGCCUGUUACCAUAGGAAGGCAUUUAUUCAAUGGCUGGUUGUAGUUAGCUCAUGUUUUUUCAAUCAAAUUUGCAAAUGUAUUUGUUGCUGUAUAGUGAUUGUUUUGCAAAAUAAAAUUGCUUGUCACCUAUCUGUUA